AUAAUUGCAUAUUAAAAAUGUGCUCGACAUCAGGAGGAUCUUGGAUCAAUGCUGUCUUCGACGAGAUCGCCCUGGAGGGCUUGGAAGGAGUGACAUUGCCCUAUCUCUGGGACUUGUUGGCACGGCGUCUUAAUUUCGCACCGAAUCCAUUGCCUGAUCGAAUUCUAAGCCAGGUGUGGACGUUGCUUGUACGGUCAUCUCCGCAGAAAGUUCAAUUUUUCGAAUUGCCCACGCCGCGUUCUACCCUGCCUUAUUAUGAUCGCCAGAAUGAUCUGGACAAGGAUGUGGGUUAUCCAGUGGUGCCGGAAAAAUGCCCCUUUCAGUUUCUCACCAAUGCACCAGUGCAGGAAGGCGGCGUCAUGGGUAGUUGUGUAGACUUCAAGACCAGGAAAGUGAUUCCGGCUAGCGAUCUCAUGAAGCUGAACUGCUCCCAGGCCACCGAGCAGUGGGACGGACGAUUGGUGGUAGUCGCUUCACAAGACCUGCGGAAUGCAGCCCUGUCGCCCAGGCACAUGUUGUUGCCAAAGGAAAUGUCGCUGCGCAACUACGUCUACCUGGAGGCGAUCGGGCGCACCCGGAACAGCGGACAUACGACGGCAGGGCCGUGGUCGUUAAUUCACUACUGCCGGGAUCCUGGAUUUGUGUUCUUCAUCAAGAACAAGCUACUGAACUUGCAACUGAUUACCGCCCAGACGUAUGUGGAGCAAAACAAGGGCCGUCUCCUGACAUCAUCGCUGUUGAUCUUACCUCGUUUUCAUCGCAUCUACAAAAACAGAACCCAGGAGAAUCUGGAAAACCUAUAUUUCGAAAUAAUGCGCACCAGUGAACGGUACAUUCCCGUCUCCGAGAUAUGCGCCCGCCUCGGCAAUCCCCCCCACUUGAAGACCAAGAAGUUGCUUGUUACGCAUGUGUUCCGAAAGUUUUUCGAAACCAAACAGGUAGAACGGCCACCCACUCUAACCAAAUCGGGAAAGGUGUCCAAGUCAACUAACCGCAAGGUGACUGUUGUGCAUCUGCGAAAUCCUGACAUGCAGGUGAUGGAUCUAUAUCAAAGCAACAGCGACGUCGGCGAGGAAAGGACGAUACCGGAGUUCCUCGACCUGGGUCACUGCCUUCUGGAUAUACCGCCGGAGGAGGAGAUAAGACGGGCAGUAUCUCGGUUUGGCCAACGCGGACUCACUGCCUCUGAAAUAUCCCAGUACACAGGCAUUAACUUCAACACCAUGCGCCACUUUAUUAAGCAUUUACAGAGCUCCAACAUGGCCAAGGUUUACUCGGAGCACGCCGGCAAGAGCCGUCAGUAUCGUUUCGUCGCCAUAGAGCAUGUCGCUGAAUCCGAGAAAAAAAAGGAACUCAAGCAAAAAGAAGAGGAGAUCAAGUGUAAGGACGAGCCGAAUGUUCCGGAAAACGUGUCCAUUCCCAUUCGGGACCUGCCGGAGAUUGUGGCGAAUAUUCGACCCGCUGAGUUUAAGGUGAAACUGACGAGAGUGACCAACCAAACUCAGCGGCUCAUUGACCGCCAGAAGCUGAUUGUAAACCUGCUCGACGAACUGUGCCUUGUACACCUGCACGCCCUGACGAAGCGCAUCCAGCAGAUAGAAAGCACUGCUGGCUUCAAGGACGCUAUUUGUCGGCGCUCCUUACACCGCCUACUGCUUCCCAUGAUCAAGGACAAGAAGGUGAACUCGUAUGACCUCACGCUGCAGUAUAACCAGCGAGUCCGCCUCUACCGGUUCGCCACCCACCCGAAAAUUGGAAUUGACCACCUGGUAGUGAAACGUGAAAUUCUCAAGCUGAAGAGCAACUUCCAUCUCAUGACCGAAGAGCAGUUGAGGCGGCCCUCCCAGCUACUCCCAAAGGAACGCAAAGAGGUGCUGGCGCGGCGCAAGCAGAUGCCCAGUCUGCCGGUGUCCAAAGCGCGGGCCCCGAAGCUGCUGCUGGCCAGGACACUGCACGAGUUCCUCUACUAUCUUCAGAACGAGCUGGCGAGGGAUCAGAAACCUUUGGACAUGUCUGCCGAUCUAGUCCAGCAGUGGCAGAAGACGGAACCGUCGCUGCAGCCUCGACAGUUUCUCGAGGAAUGGGCGGCGGAGGAGAAUGGAAGAGUCCUGCCCUACACCUCUGACAUCAGCUGGCGCACAUUCAUUCCGCCUCUUCCACGUUACGAGGACAAGCCGCCGGGGUGGCUUUACUUUAUGGACGCCAUGGAGCGAAUGCCGCUAUCGCUGUUUCUACGCAUCUGCCGCAUCGAUCGGGAGGCCAACGACCAGCUGCGUCUGCAGCUGCAGCACCCUGUCCGGCAACACUAUCUGCUCCAUCAGUUGCGAUUGGAGGCCAUUGUGCCUCGCCUGAAGCUGCAGCAGCUGUAUGUGGCAACGCUGCGGCUAUUGAGCAACAUGGGCCUCAUCCAGGUCAGCGAGUGCAAGGUGGGGCGGGAUUACUUGCAUCGCUGGGUGUUCCUCAACCGGCGCAGCCGCCUGCUGGACACCACUGCCAGUACCGAGCACAACUACAAGAAGGUCAGCUCAGAUCGGUCCUACACGCAGCUGGACUUUGAGUUCGUCGACAAGGAACAGGUGGCCCAAUACUGGGCCAAGUUGCAGCACAUCUGCAUCUACACAAAGCUUGGCUAUCGGAACCAUCUGAAAGUUCCCAACCGAAUGCCAGCUCCCCGCCUGGAGAAUCUUGCCUUUACACCGGCCGUGGAAUUCGACCAGGCGGUGGCGCUGGACAACGGAUCAGUGCCGGGGGACAACCUGGGCGCCGCUGGUCUAGGCUCCCACUUGUACGCCCACCAGUUUCGACACUGGUCCUGGGUGCAACGGCAGAACGGGCCAGUGCGCCCGGUGAUUGGCACGAAGAAACCAAAGAAGCUGUUGACCAACAGACGGACCACCGUGCGAAUAAAGGUGAGCAACCGGGCCGGGGUUCGCAAGCAGAUCGGUGGUCUGUCUGGCACCAAGUAUCCCAAGAAAAAGAGCGGGCCCAGGGACGACAUCGACCGGGAUGCGUUGCGCAAUAUGCGCACUCUUCGUGUCAAGUGGUCGCCCGAGGAAGAUCGUCUGCUGUGGAUAGGCCGAGCAGUCUAUACCUUCUUCGAUGCGCCCGUCUUGGCUCUGGCCCUGUGCGACGUCGGUUUGGUGUGCCGGGACUUGAUCCGACGAUACCUAGGCAUCUGCAACAAGACCACUCAGGCUGUCGUGAGGCGCAUUCAGUUCAUGAUGAAGACGAAGCGCGACGCCCCGGACAUGGCCGGUUGGAUCUACAUGAUGCAAACGCAGCCGCAGUUCAGGGAUGUCUACAACGAAAGCUUUCUCACCGAGCUGAAGCGGGAGUACCCCAACAAAUCCGAAUUCCAUGAUGUCCUGAUUGUACAUUUUGUCCUUGUGAUGACCAAGCUCCACCGCAUUGUGUCCAAAUCGCAACGAUCCAUGCGGACUCAGUUCCUGCUGCCGGACACGCUAGACUCCAUUCAAAGCCGCUGCCGUCCAGCCGUGGAGGAGACGCAACUGUACCAUCAAGAUCCCACCACCGAGACAGAACUGCAGGUGGCAGUGGCUCACGGGGUGCUCCACAGUACUGUGUGUUGUGCGAAGGACAAGACCCUGUUGAACCUGCAGACUUUCGAGAUCUACAAGCACUUCUCCGAGGAGGUGCUGAACGAGGCGUUCAACAAAGCCCGGGCCGACUCCCUGAUCGUGGCGGUGAAGCGGCGCAAUAUCCAGUGCGCUUCCAGCCGCCAGAUCACCGGCCCGGGCCAUCUGCUCAGCUCGAAGUACAAGUACCGCUUUAUGUACACCAAGCUCCCGCACACCGUUUACGAGGGAUACUUCGAUCUGGAUCGAAAGCUGCAAACGGAGGGGGAACUGCAACUAUCCUCACCGCACUUUGCCCAGCUCCUGCUCAUCGGCGAGUGGUCGGCGCGCAAAAGACUGGUCCUGUCGCUACAACUGCCCACCAAUAUCCUCACAGUCGACACUAGCACGAUAGCGCGGCAAAGCGUCUCCUCCUCAGACCGCAUCCUGGAUCACUUUAGCUGCAUUUUCGACAACGCCCCUCAGACAGAGUACUCCAAGCGAUUGGAGAGCGAGUGCAGCACCCGUCCCCUGUCCCGGGUACGCUUCCAUCCGGCAAACCUGAGCUACCGACUGCCCGCCAGUGCCUACAACCAACUAUCCAAGCUGCCGCUGCGCGCCAUGCACUUUUUUUGUGCCCUGGAUGCCUUGGGCGAGUCGGUUACCAUUAACGUGGCCCGUUUGGAUGUGGGGGAGUGCCCCUUUGUCAACUGCAUCAUGCGUAGCAGUAACUACCUCAACGCCGUGGAGCGGAUAGCCCACGAACAGCGGCCGGUUCUGCGCCAGCUGGUGGCCGAUGCCCUGGCCUCCUCCCAGCCCUUGAAACUGGAGACUCUUACGGCGGAUAACUCCCUAACGAUGACCAUCACGAAUUUCAUGCCCUUCACCCAGCAGUUGGAAAUGCACUGGCGGCAGCAACAGCAGCCCUUGGAGAUCAAGGACCUGGGUCGUGCUCUGGCUGAACAAAAUCGGAGCAAACUCACAGACUGGCGAGCCAUUUGCGCAGAACUGCUUGAGGACGAGACCCAUGCCUGGGAUACGGACAGGGUGCAGGAGUACGAGCCAACUCUAAACAAGGAGGAACGCGCCCGUGCCCAGGAUGUUUUCGUGGUCCACCUACCUACAAUUGGAAUUCGGGUUGCGGAAAGCUCGGAGCAGCAACAGCUUGCCAAGCAGGAGAUGGAUGCUCUGGGAUCCGCGGUGCUAGACAAGGUCCUGAAGGCUUCUUACUGGCAGUACACAGAGAACACCUUCGACACGUUGCGACCCAUCCUGCUGGACAAGGGAUACAACACCAGUGCCACUCAGCAUAUGGAGGACAUUCUCCACUGCAUCGAUCAGCAUCCACUGGGUGUGCAAGGCUUGGAGCUGCGGAGGAUCUUCCCUCUUGGCGAUUUCCUGCUCGAAGCUUUGCAUCUUCUGGCCGAUCACGGCCUGGUGAAGAGGGUGGGCGUAGUCAGCCACAUGUAUGUCCAUAAGAACCACAUCCGCAACUGGGUGGUGCACACGUUCCACAUCAAGCGGCUGGAAAGGGAGCGAGUUCAACCACUGGUGGCGGCUGCACCGGCCACUCUGCAAGCAAUCGUUGGCCACAAACGUAAGCUAGAGGCGAUGGAAGCUUCCAGUAGCGCUGUGCCCGAAAAGAAGUCAAAGCUGGAGGAGCCCAACAGUACUGACAGUGAGAGCGACGAAGUUGAAGAUCCAGUCCCAAAGCGUCCCAGGAGAAACACGAGAAAAAAGGAUCCCCCGCCAGAUCUAGUUAAUCGUCCCCUGGAAGCGCAGCGCGACGCGAUAGCUAUGCGGCCGCAGCCAUGGAUCCGGGUGAAUGCAUCUCUCAACCGCCGCGUCCUCGAUCGCUGGCUAAGCACAAUCCUGGGUGAUUGCCUCUUACGCUUCGGAUGCACCGUCCAGUCGGUCUUCUUUCGAUUUCCGCACUUGGUGCCAGUGGACACAAUGUUCUUGCUGGAGCUGCUUGGCCAAAUCGGCUGCGUACAUCUAAUGGAAAUAAGACAGCACAAGGUGCACGUGGAGGCUCUGCUGGACGACGACGGGCCAGACGAGGAGCAGCUCGUUACGGAGUUGUAUGACCCGAAUCAGACAUACAUUCAAGUGCACGGCGAUGCCAUCGGUCGGCUUACUAGCUUCAUAGGUCUCAAAAAAUACAGCACCGAGUUCGUAUAAGAGGCAGAAUGGAUAAAAUCAAGAAAUUAAAAGCACGCGCAACUUUUUUUCUUAACCGCAAAGCAA